AUUUAUUUACAAAUCUAUUUGUUAUUUUUGACAAAAAAAUAAAGGAAUAUUGCAAACAAGCAAGCAAGCGAGCAAGCUACUUUCUUUAGAGGCAUAACUUAUUUUUAAUUUUAAAAAUUUGUGGAAUACAAUAUGUAAGUAUUAGCUAGUAAAAGGAUAAAUAUUAUUUGCUAUAAUAUUCACCAUGGAGCUGAUGUUAAUGAUAAUUAUAAUAUUUAAAAAAUUAUAUCAACGAUUGAGAAUCAGAAUCCAGAUGUUAUAUGCUUGUAAGAAGUUGAUAAUAAUUAUUCAGAAAGGAGCUUAAAUUAAUUAUAGCCAUAAAUAUUAACUUAAUAGAUUUAAGGUAUUAAAGAAAGUUAUUUCUCGCCAACAAUAAAAAAUAGUUAUGGAAUACUUACUUUGUCAAAAUAAAAAAUAAUUGACUACCACACAUAAAUCUUAACUACUGGUUUAAAAGAAGAUAGAACAUUUUAAUACUUAAAGUUAUAAAAUGGAUUAUAAAUAAUUCACUUUCAUUUAAACAAUUCUUUUGAUCAAUAAAGAAGUAGAUAUCAUUAGCUUUUAACCAUUUUUGAAAUAUUAGAUAAAAAAUAAUUGGAUAUUAAAAACAACACUAUAAUUUGUGGAGAUUUUAAUGAAGACUGUGAUGGAUAAAGAUACUGUGAAGAGGAAUGUGUUUUUGAUUUGUUGGAAUAGAAGAAGUUUUUUAAUGCUAAAAAGCUUUAUGAAUAAAAGAGUGGAACAUAGGAUAAUUUAUAUACGUUUUCUAGGAAAUAUAAGAAUAUAAAUAUAGAUCACUUUUAUGUAACCAAUGAUAUCAAUAUUAAUUCGUUCAAAAUUAUUGAUUCUGAUGCUUCUGAUCAUAACCCAAUAUUUUUGUGUGUUUAGUUAUGA